AUGUCUCUAGGUCGUUGUCGGAGCCAAAAUCAUCGAAAUUGCUCGUCUGUUCGCGUUCUGGCUCCUGCUCUGGCUCCCUCCUCUCCUCAAUCAGCUCGUGCUCGAACUCGUCCGUCUCCAGCGGCCGCAGCUUCGACUCCUCGAUCAGGUCGGCCGUCAUGGUCACGUGCGAGUCCUCAACUGUUCCAGGAAGCACAGCUUGGCCGUUGGUUGCAACCUCAAACCCAAUCGUCUCCAGAAGCAACCGGUAAUGCCCGUUCCGCAACGUCUCGCGACCACUCUCAAACACCAGCUCGCCAUCCCGCGCACGCAGCCGCGAAACAAGAUACUCCAGGAUCUCCACGCUGUCUCUGUACACCAGAGCGCUCACCAAAACACUGA